AUGGUGGACAAAUUCAAGCAAUGGUGCAGAAAUGAACUUUCAAAAUUGCUUAGCACGGAUGUUGGACGCGAAUUUUCGGAAUACUUGUUCUCGAUUGAGAGCAAACCAGAUGUGGAAGAGUAUUUGUUUCAAUUGCUGGAUAAAGAUGACGUGAAAGUGCAGCAAUUCGUGAAACAACUGCUCCUCAAUUGGCAUAUCUUAGGGAAGAAAAAACAAAACGAAAAACGAAUUGAUAAGCCAAAGAAGAAUGGCUCUCAAUAUUCUGGAUCUGGUAAUGAAAUACAGAAGCAAACAGUUGUGACGAAAGGGGAGCAAUCUCCAGUGAAGAAGAAAUCAUCACAUUUUAUCUCGCUCUACAGUGAUGAAGGACAAGCAAGAAGCAGCGUGCGUUUGCCAGGACGGCAUCCAUGUGAAUGUUUGGGGCAGAAACAUAGUCUGGUUAAUAACUGUCUACAGUGCGGAAGAAUUGUCUGUGAACAAGAAGGUUCUGGUCCAUGUUAUUUUUGUGGUGAGGUGGUUUGCACAGCUGAAGAAAGGGAAGUACUGGCAAAGAAUUCCAAACGGGGUCAAAAGCUGAAAGAAAAGUUGUUGGAAAGCUGGAAUGCAAAAGCAAGUGAAGAUGAGGAGUUAAAACGUCGUAAAGCAACUGAACUCAAAGACAGAUUACUGGAAUAUGAUAGGACAAGUGUUCGUCGUACGAAGGUCAUCGACGACGAGUCCGAUUAUUUUGCGUCGGAUUCAAAAUGGCUAAGCAAGAAAGAGCGCAAAAUUUUGAAAGAAAAGGAGGACAAGUUACAAAAACUGAAGCACGGUUCGAGACGAGACAAGAAGGUUACGUUAGAUUUUGCCGGCAGGAAAAUUAUCGAAGAGAAACCGACGGAGGAAAUAAACGAAUUAUACAAGUCUGCGGAAGAGUUUCACGAUUCGAGCCUUGCCAACAAUCACGGAUCAAAUCAUCCAAAAUACGUCGCUGAACCACCUCUGUAUGUUGAAGAUGACCCGCCAUUGUCUGGGAGAAAAGAAAAAGCAAAAAAAACGAAGGUUAAAGAAUCGUCACGAAAUGCUCUUCGAAUACAGGACAAAGAAUUGUUGGAAAUGACCGAUGAAGGAAAGUGCCUGAGCAUGCACCAACCGUGGGCUUCUCUACUGGUCUGCGGAAUCAAAAAGGCAGAGGGUCGCAGUUGGUACACGACUCACCGAGGUAGACUGUGGAUCGCUGCAACGGCAAAACAGCCCAAUCAAGAGGAAAUCAAACAGAUGGAAGCAUUUUAUAAAGCCCUAGGAGAAAAGUCUCGUUUCCCGGAGUUUUACCCUUCUGCAUGUCUCCUGGGCUGUAUUGAUGUGGUGGAGUGCCUGACUCAACAAGAAUAUAACGAACAGUUUCCCGACGGAGAGGAAUCCUCGUCCGCAUUUGUUUUCAUUCCUGAAAAUCCGCGCGAACUUGUUGUCAAAUUUCCUGUGAAAGGCCAGCACAAAAUAUGGAAACUGGACAAACAUAUUCAUCAGGCCGCCCGGAAGGGGAUUACGUGACCGCAACGAACUAUUAUCAUAAAGGGUUAUUGAUAAAU